GAAUCCAUUUUCUGCGUUGUUGUGACAUUUUGAUUUUACUUGCGUAUUUCUUGAAAUAGAAAAAUUAAUGGAUUAAAUGCUAAUAAUUUCAUUCUUGAUGAAGUAGGCUAUGAUUGAAGGACUAUAUAUUUAAUUUUAACAUCAAGUUGACAUUUUGGAGUGUUUAGAUUGUAACACAAUGGGUUGAAUUAGUGAUUGCUAUCGGCAUACAUUCAGCAUUUUCAAUUCACACUUUCUGUUCAUCUUAGAUUACAACAAUGGAAUUGGAUGUAUCGCCUGAAACCACAGCUGGUAACGACAUGGAUUAUUCAGAUACUUCUUCUGAUAGUAAAUACUUAUCUUGCAACAACAAUGAACAGUCCUAUUCAGUCAUACGUAUUCCAGAUGAUACCGAAAAAACAAGUAAACACUCAUCUAAGAAACAGUCUAAAAGAAGAAAAAAGAGUUCCAGUCAUUCAAGACCUUUGCCUAGGAUUAUUGUUAAACCCUUGCCUCCUCCGCCACCCCCGGAAACGCGAGAAUGGACAGCAGCCUCGUCGUAUUCAGAAUCGAGCUGUUCGAGUAAACCUUCGACCAUGCGUGAAGUGCUAGCAAGUAUACCAGGAUUCUGUAUGAAGCCGCGAAAGCGAAGUGGGAAAAAACUAUCCACAGCGGCACAAUUACAACAAACCAGAGAAGGAUGCAUAGAUUUAGAAACACCUGAUUCAAUUUUAGUGAACACAAAUAUUAGAGCAUUGUUAAAUAAACACACAUUCUCAUUACUACCACCAUUAUAUCAAUACAAAUUGGGACAGCUUUUACCAAGUGUAGAUAGGCUCAGUCCUUCAGGACGUCUCAACUCAUCUAGUCUCAGUAAUGAAUUUUUUGCUCGAGCUUGCUUAGAGUGGCAAGACAGCCUUUCAGGUGGAGAGUUCACUCCAGAAAAUCAACAAAAAAUGAAGACUGAAGCUGAAAAAGAAAAGAGUAAAAUUGAUCCUUGGAAACUGAAACAUUUUGAGCCAUUCUGGGGUGAAAAGUCAAAGAAAGAAAGAUCUGCAGUCAGUAUGAACUCAGAGAGGCCAUCUCUAAAAACAACAAUAAAAUUAAGGCCAACAGCAUCCAUCACAAGCAGUAGUACUGUACCAAAAAUUAAAAAGAGUAAAUCAGGCACAAGCAAGAGGAUGAGAUCAGUUGGAGCAGUGACCAGGUCCUCAUCUAAGGCAGAUGAUGUGCAAGAUGAACCAGCUUGUGUUGCGUCUAAAUCAUCUGCACCCCUACCAGAUUUACUACCUAUCAAACACAUAAAAGGCCAUAACCAAGGCUAUGUUGAGUGCCAGGUAGAUUUCAGCUUUUCAGACUCAUCUUCAGUGCAGCAAUUGGAAGAUUCCACCUCUUCAACACCUGUUGAUCCACUACUUGAUCCCUUGUUGCCUGACAAUGACCCGGACAGAAAUGAAUUGAAAAAUGAACUGGAUAUGAAUGUUGUUACAAUAGAAGAAUCUUCUGUAUCCAAAGUUAGCGAGGAAGUUAAGGCAAAUGAAAAUGCAAUUACUGAAACAACAAAACGAUCUAACAAUUGUAAUGAUGAAUAUGUAAAUUUAUCUAAAAGGAUAAAAUUUGAGGUAGAAUAUGAAAUGGAUAAUAGUAGUUUUAUGCCCAACAAUGUUGAAGGCACUGAAAGUAAUACAUGUUCAGACACUGAAAAUAAUUACAACACUGAACCCUUGUGUUCAAAUGAUGAACUACACAUUUUCCCUAGUCAGGACCAAGGUGAAAACAGUGAGGAUGGCAAAGCAACUACACCACUAUUCAAUUAUGAUGAUGGAAGUAUAUCUUCAGUUUUAAGUCCAAAAACUGAGAAUCAAUCAAAUGAUGGAGCGACAAAAGAACCAAAUAGUAAUGCAGAUUUGUUUUCAAAUAUUCUUACUACAGUGAAUGCUGUAGAGAGUUUAAGAGAUGAUAUUGAAAUUAAAGACUCACCAGUCUCACAAGAUUUAAACCUAAAAGAGUGUGCAGAUUCUAUGCCUAGUGAUAGCAAUUUAAGUGCCGCCCACCUGGAAUCACCCACUGAAAAUAACUCUACUGUUCUAAUAGAACAAGAGAUUGAGCAGAAGAUUGAGGUAAUACAAGAAAUAGAGUGCCAAUUACCACAAGUAGACCAGCAAGAAAGUAUAAAGAGUGAAGAUCUGGACAUUCAAGUCAAGUGUGAAGACAGGACAAUGGAUAAUGUACAAAGUUAUUACGAUGAACAUUUUAAAGACGCUGAAUCCUUUAUUUUAGAAACAGGUGGACUAUCAAUUCUUACAUCACAGAGUGAUGAUAUAAAAUUUCCUCCACAUCCAAAUCUAAUGGAACUAUCAUCAUACAUGAGUGAAACAAAUGUUACAGCUGUUGUGACAAUGCCUUUAACCCACAAUUCUUCCAUACCCAUGAUGGAAGUAACAAAUACAUCAAUAGUCUCCUACCCUGAUGACAGUAUGCAGGAUCCAGCAAAGCCAAAGACCUCAGCAGUGACAUGGAAAACAGAUAACGACUGGACUAAUAACGAAAAUAUUGUGACCUUACACUCAUUUUCAAAUGUAAACAAUGAAAACACUAAAUACGUCAGUGAAGACUCCAAAACAAGUUUGGAUGAUGUUAAUAUGAAUGAUGAAAACUGCAUGUAUAAAGAAGAUCGGGAUGCAAAUUACAACAUGGAGUCAUCAAGUUCCUCUGAGAGUUGCCAGUCAAUGAAGGAGAUGUCAAUAAAGCUGGAAAACGACACUAUUCCUAGUUUAGUGUCUGGCACAACUGCUACAAAUCUGCCUGUAAAUUCAACAUCCAAUACUAUUACACAAAGUGCCAGGCCUAUGGGAAAGAAGUCCAAGUUAGGGAAAGAGUCCAACAGAAGUCGGAGCUCCAACAAAGUGCCCCCAGGCGCGGUCAACCUAGAACGCAGCUACCAGAUAUGCCAAGCGGUGAUCCAGAACAGUCCCAACCGCGACGCGCUGCGCGGCCAGCUGAGGCCGCCGCCCGCGCUGCUCACGCGCCCCUCCCGCGCGCCGCGCCCGCCCCCGCCGCCGCUGCCGCUGCCGCCGCCGCCUAUGCUUGUAAGGCAGCUACCAGUGCCGGUUAUGGCUCAUAAUGAGAUAAAUGAGAAUCGACCCAACAAUGUGGGGCAGUACAUCCUUGUCCAGAGGACUCCAAAUGUCGCACCAAGAGCGUCCAGUGCACCACCCUCUAAUCAAAACUCGAAUGUGAGCGUGGCGCGUUGCCGCAGCGUGGGCGCAGAAGACGCGUGCGUUUGCAACCUUCGCGCGAUGAUAUUAUGCAAGAAGUGCGGCGCGUUCUGCCACGACGACUGCAUCGGCUCGGCCGAGCUCUGCCUCACCUGCCUCAUACGCUGACCCCGCUGCCACCCCGCCUCGCCCGACCGACAGCGAUAUCACGUGACCCUCCUAAGACACUACAAAUUCAUCCGAAUUACAGAACGAAACUUGAAUCUCGAUUCAAUUUAAAAAUGGAUUAAAGCUGCUCGUAGCCCACUCUGUGUCGUCGUGAAUUUACUGUUUUGUAUGUGUUUCUAUGAAAUAGCAUCGGUUGCGUGCUAUGCGUUGUCUGAAAGUAGUUUGUAAAAAUACAUAAAAAAAUAGUGUCGCGGCGACACACGUCGUCUGCUGCUGCUGUGUGGAGCAAUCACAGGAAAGAUUCUAUGACUGAGAUUGAAUCGAGUUUUGGGUGUAGUUUUGUAAUUUGGACCUAAGAGUCGCUGCAGGUGAGUGGACACUCGAAGACGGUUGUUAGGAACGGUGGUGCUAUUCAUUUUCCAGUUUGAACGGUCCGUUUCGUCCUUAUUGCAUCUGAAUCUAAGCGAUAGGACGGUCUUCUGCGCUUUAAACGCUGUAACUUAAGUCUAAUUCGUCUGUGAGACGAAUGUAUUGCGAAACUUACUUUUAAGUGAUCAUAGUUGUGUUGUAAAUAGUAUUCUAUUCUAUAAAAGUCUGAAUGAAAAGUUUAACUAACUUCCAAUUGAGUGUGAAAGUAUCGAAUUACUGGUAAAAGUAAUAGUAGUGUUAAUAAUAUGGUACAUGUUAGUACAAGUCAAUAAUGAUUUGAUGAAAAUCAUUACUUGUAAUGUAGAUGCUUCUUCGUGCAGUUGUCUGUAUUGAAGUUGUUUAAACAUGCACUAAUUCAGUUUGAACGACAUUAAUAUUGCUGUUAGACUUGUUUUUUUUUAUAAAACUUAGAAAGUUUGUUUUGACUAAAUAAGUAUGAUUGUCGAGAUCUUAUGUAAAGAUUUCAAAGAAAUGUGUAUAUUUGGAUAGUUUUAAUUGUAGUAUUAUAAUACCUCUCUACUAGUGCGACUCUGUGCGACUGACAUGUCACCACUUAUUAGAAUUUCUAAGGAAUGGUCAAAAAUAUAAUUUAUUGUAAACCAAUAUGUUUAUAAAUUAUAAGUAAACUUAGAUAGUAUUUAUAAAACAAGGGGAUUAUUUUAACCAUUCCCUUGUUUAAUAUUUCUUCAGUAAUUGUAAAUAUUGUUUUGUACAGUAGUAUUGUAUGAGGCAUGCCACAAUGAAUAAAAAAACAUCAUUACUGCGGUUCUGCUAAUGUAAUAUUGGUUUUCAUUAUUAAUUGCUUUUUUAUCUGUGAUUCCAUUUCUGCUCAUAUCGAGAUCCUAUUUUAAAAAAAAACAGGACAGUAAUGUAACAAAAAUGUUCGUCGUUUGUUUUUAAGAGUACAUAAUUCUAGCAUUUAAGCUAUAGACAUUGUUUUGCCAUUAUAUUUUUAAAGUUAGGGUACCAUCACAUUUAAUUUUAUGCUAUUGUUAUAUUUAUUUUUAAGAUUAUUUUACAAUUAUAAUUGGCAGCAAUAGCUGUAAUAGGUAUUUGAAGCAGGAUUUUCGAAUAAAAACUUAAGUUUUUUGAAUAACAUCCUAGUAAAGUAACUUUUGAUAACUUUGCUUUGAUAUUACGAAGUGUAUUCAAUGUUCUUACUGGCGGCGGUUGGCAGGCUUACUCGCCAUCCGAUGUCACUUUGUAAUUCAUGUGUUUGUCUUUAAUGGGUGUGUACAGAUAUUUAUUGACUUGAGAAGGCUGAUGGACGGUACAUCGGGUGGAAAUGUAAUUUAUAGCUAGCGAGGACCUUACUAAAAGUAUUUGCUAUAGGAAUACAACAUGUUAUACUUAAGUUUUUCAAUAUGGCGUGUACACUAAUGACACUAAGUUAUGCAAUAUAUUUAUAGUUGUCUAUAAUAUUUUUAUAAGAACCUUUUACAAAUUGAAAAAUAGCUUUUGCUAAUUUAAGACUCCACCGUGUUAUUGGAAUUCAAAAUAUUAAUAAUAUAAUAUCCUUCUGAUCUCUCAGUUUGUAAUCUUAUAAACAUUAUAAAUUCUUCUAGCUCAUAUUGAACGUAGUGUAUGGUAUGUUAUAAUAAUGAUAUUUUAACAAAGAUAACUGAAUUAUCAAAACAAAUAACUGGUUGGUUAGUAUUACAAACGUAUAUAGAAGACGACAUUAAUCGGCUAUGCCUAGAUUGUUCACAUAGCAUUGCCUUACCUGACUAUUUAUAUACGCUGUAAUUAAAUAGAAUAGGUAUUAUAAUAAAAACGUUGCUCAUUCUGUUUGAAGGACAAAUAUGAUAUAUAUUUUAAGUAUAUAAAAUAUCACAUGAUUGAUAGACUUUGUUACAAAUCUCUCAUAUUAUUAGAUUAGGCUCCUUGUCCACAAAAUAAAAAAUAAAGGCACUUCUAUCAAUGUGAAAUCAACACACGAAAGCGAUAUGUAUGUUACUGUAAGCCUUUGAAAUUAAACUGUAAUUUUAAGACAGGGUUUUUUGUUACUAGCACAUAAUGUUACGAAAACUAUUACAUAAAACCUAUAACGAGUCUCUAUAAAAUAAAUAUGCAAUUUUGAUAUUACUUUUAAAGAAAUAGCGAAUCUGUAUAGGCAUUUAAACAACUGUAACGCCUAUAGGGUCUCUAGUAAUAUUUAGAAAUGAAUAAUCAAAUUAUACUGGAUAUGUAGCUAAUAAAUCCAUAGAGAUCUUCAGGCUUUAGUAUAGGUACUAUCGCGUGUCGUUUGGCCUUUGUUAACAUAGUUACAGAAAUAUGAUUGUCUUAUCUGUAAAAUGUUAUCGAAAUGUAACAUGGCAUAUUUUAUUGGUCUAACAAACGUACCAUAUUUGGUAUGUAAAGUACUCAUUAAUUCAUUAUCAUUCGCGAUUACAAAUUUGGAUUACCAGUUCAUGUUAAGGAUUUUAUUCAAGGCGCAGGUUAAAAGACACGUUUUAGUACUUGAUAGUUAGUUUGAUCCAAUAACACAUCAUAGACUGGUCUUUAUUUUAUAAAUAAUGUCAAGUGAGCUGUUGCAAAAUACAUGUUUGUAAGUUACGAAUUUUUUGCAUUAUUGUUAUUGAUUGGUAAUUAGUUACCUACUUUAUGGCACAUCAAAAUUUUUCUCAAAUAAAAUUAUGUUCUUCUA